CAGAAGUUCACUUGUUUAACUGAAAAACCAGCCGAUUUUUCAAAGCAAGCAGUAGUGAGCUGACAAGCUCUAUCGCCCAAUUAUAAUUCUUUCUACUAACUAAUAUCUCGUUUUUACCUAUUAUUUUGUCUCUGUAUCGCUCAUUUUCCUCACCAAAGGACCAUGCCCGACGAGGAGGAAGAAACUGAUACAUUCGUCGCGCCGAAAGGGUACUGCAGGAUCUUCUCCCUUCAAGCUGGCACGUGCAUCACAUCAACAAUUGGAGUGACAUUGAUGCUUAGUGUCAUCAUAUAUAACGUUUUCGCCGAAAACCGUUUGGCCUCAGUGAUGCUACAAAUUACACAAUAUUUUUUUAUUUACAUUUAUUCGCUUAUUAUGUUUGUCGGGUUUGGAUUGGUGUCGUUCGCAGCAUUUUUAGGAAUACCGAAGACUCUCAUGAUUGGCUAUUACCUGAAUUUCUCCGGUUUUAUCCUUUGGGUCAUAUUGUGUAUUAUAAGCUACAUACCGACGAAUGACGCUUUUAUGUUUGUGUGUAUUGACAAUCGUUGUCCCGAGACUCAUUGGCUCUACGACACGAGGUGGAGGAACUAUGGAUUCGUCUGCCCUUUCGACAAGAAAGCCACGAAGGAAGACGAAAGCCCAGUACUUUCGUCCCUGUACAUCGGAUGCGAAAAUUACGAAGAGCUGCCCAUGACUACAUCCACGAUUCUCGGAAUCGCAUGGGGCAUAUUCAUGGCUUACGGCCUUUAUACGUAUAAACAAUUCAAAAAGGAAUUGACAGGAGAAUUGGACUUCUUCUGAUGUGGAGGUUGAUUUUUACCUUAAUUACCUGUAAUUAUUCUUGUAAAUAAAGAAAUACAAAACAAA